CAAAAAGUGGGUGGGGCUCAUCCAUCUAGUAUUAAAAGUACUACAAAACAAUCAUGUCUGUCUCUGUCAGUGAUGGCGUAUCCAAGAUGAUGUUGAAGGGAGGCAUUGGAGACCUUCCUAACAAAGGGGACAAGAUCACUGUGCAUUGCACUGGCUCGCUAGCUGGUAAAAAACCAAAGAAGUUCUGGAGCACCAAAGAUCGUGGCCAAAGCCCCUUUCAAUUCCAAGUAGGACUUGGAAAAGUGAUCCAAGGAUGGGACGAGGGCUGCAUGACCAUGAAGAGAGGAGAGGUGGCCAAGUUCCUGAUUGCUGGUCACAAAGGCUAUGGAGAUGAGGGCUUUCCAUCAUGGGGGAUCCCACCAGGUGCUGAACUCAUCUUUGAGAUUGAAGUACUUAACAUCGAAAUUGACGAUCCAACCUACUAGCUAGUCCAAGAACAACCACGCCCACGCAUCACCCGUAGCUAGCGAUAAUUCCUUAUACUCACCCCAUUCGCUAUAUAAAUGAACUUUCUUUGUAAUUUUAGAUCAUUGUUUUAUUAACGUACACAGUUUGUAAGUAUUUGAACAGUGCAACGAUAAUUAAAUAAACAA